CAUGAUCAGUUCCCAGCAGGCUACCUACAGUGUCGCCAAGCAGGAUUGUGAGGCUAAGGGCUUUCGCUUAGCUUUCCUAAACACGGACCUCAAGUACAACAUGACGAGACUUCGCCUCCUGCACUUUUCAGAUUUUAGUCAACGGUCGUACUUCAUUGGGGCGGAGAGAGGUCCUGGUCAAAACACCUGGACAUGGGUGGACGGAUCGGAAGUCAAGAACCUGGACUGGGCUCCAGGUGAACCCAGCAACGCAACAGAAAAUUGCAUUGAUCUUAUUUUCUUUGGUACAUUUCGCAUGAAUGACGAGAAUUGUGCCUAUGGCCUAGGGUACGUGUGUGAUGUACCGAAUCCAUAGCAUCGUAUCACCUUCUGAAAGAUAACGUGGCGACAUCAUAGACUAUCUUGUGGCCGGACAACUCCAUAAUAAACCAAGUCGACCAGAGCUAUUUGACUAUGAUGUAAAGGCAGUUCGACUCAGCCAACACUAAAACUGUCUUAGAGACGAUCACAGAUGACAGAAAUUUCUAGUCUUUUUUGUCAUCUUGGCGUGUUAAAUUUGGUCUUGGAAUUGAUGAAGUGAUAUGUAGUCGUGGUAGAAUCGUCCCAAUCUAUUUAAUUUAUAAUGAAGUUGUCCACCUUUGUUGUGACACUUUAUCUGAAUGCAUGUUUCUGUAUAGAAAACAAUUUCCUAAUCGCAAAGAAACAUUCGAUGUCUGCCCACACAGAUACACACAUACCUGACACACACACACACACACAGAAUGUAUCCUAUCCCCUACAGACUUGUACAAUCUUACAAAGCAACUGACCUGAUGGUGUCUUUGCAGCAGAUUAUGUCCAACUUAUGUCCACUUAUUAAUUUGCCUAUUUUUAAUGUAUACUAUUAUUCCUUUACUGGAAAUGGAGAUGUGAUGGUCUUAAAGGGUUUCUUGAAAAACGUUGUACAUUACAGGUCACAAGGUAAGCCUUUGUGGACACUCACUGUUGUCUCCUUGUUAUCUUGUCGGACACGAUUAAGUCCCUUCGCAUAGCAGGCUGAGGGUGACAAACUCUCCUGUAAUCGUGUCCUUUUGUUUAUAGAUAUGUCCUGACGUGAAUAUCAGCUAUAAAUAGCCAUGUUUAUGUGUUUUUUGACAUUUCUAGAUAUCGAUGAUGAUCGCCAUGUUUGCAUUUUCCUGAAGUGGGUUGUGGCUCUUUUCCUUUCACUCUUCGCAUCAUCGCCAUUGGCAAUUGACUAACUGAAGGUCUCGCGUGUGGAGAAAAGAGAAAUAAUGAAAGCAAGUCUCUAGGAAAACCCAUCUCUAGGAAAACGAUAAACAGAGCCAGUCUACACAUCUGUGUAAAGGAGAAGCCUUAAUCCAGUCCAAGAGGUAGUUUAUCGACAUCUCUUCUUAAAAACAUUCUUCUAGUAAUUCUUGAACUGUGUGACUUUUAAUCUACAGUCAUCUGCUGAAUUUCCUAUCAUCUGCCAAUCUCCUCAUGUUACCGUUGCCUAGACUUCAGAUACCAAUCAAGCUGGUACAGCAAAGCCUUUUGCUGUGUCCGACGACCGAAGUCUUGUACUGAUCUGUCUUAGCAAGUUUUCAGUAACAUGUUAAACAGCUCCAGGCUAUCCUCACCGGUGUAACGGUAAACAAUCAAUUCAUUACAAGAGAUUAUCUUUGAAUAUUUCAUCUCAAAAACAUUGAGUUUCUGAAGAAUUUUUGAAAUAUAUCAUUGACUUUUGAUUACAGGGAUCUUCCCUUGUUUAAUACCAAACUGUUUAGUGUUGGAUGCUAAAUUUCUCACCACCUGUCACUCUCUUCAGUUUUAUUACCUUGUCAAGAGAAACCUGCU